AUGUCAACCUGUGCGAAAGCCCGAACGGGCAUCCUUAUAAAAGAGGGAAAAAAGAGCGCAAACAAGGGACAAGCGUAUUUCGGCAAAUUUCCGCCGCCGUCGGGCAUAGUCAUCGUCGUGGCCGUCGCUGCCGCCGAUGCCACACUAUCGCCCCCCCAUGCCACCGCCGUCGCCGCCGCCGUCCGCCACAAGAAAAAAAAUGUCCGAAAACGGAUGGGGGCACAAGGGCUUGGAAGCGAACACCGGAUUGCCCUUAGGCCCCGUCGCCGUUUCUUCCUAAUGCGGAAACAAACCGUUGGCCGAAGUGUGUGA